CUUUCAUGUUUUUCAUGGCGCUAAUCUAAAGAAAAAUAAAUAAUAUUUUUUUAUCAAUUUUAAAUUAUUAAAAUGAAAAGUUGCGAAUUGAUUUGUAAAAAUGGCACCCAUGACCCUAUUCCUUUACCUGACGGUGAAGUAGUUGUUCUAGGAAGAAGCCCACUGACAAAAAUAAAGGAUGCAAAGUGCUCAAGAAAUCAAGUUCAGUUAAUAGCAGAUUGGAAAAAGCAAGAGGUUGAUGUCAAACAGUUAGGCAAUCACUCUGGACAUAUUGAUCAAACUAAAAUAGAAAAGGGCAGCAGCAUGAAAUUAAAACCCGGUUCAACUUUAUAUAUACUUAAUGAGGACUAUCCUCAUGAAGUACAGUUUCAAUUUCAUGACAUCAAACCCAAACGACUAAGUGGAAUUAAAAUACUUGAUAAAGACAAACCUGAAUCUCCUGUGAAGCCAAAGAUUGAAUUCAAAUUCUUCACUAAGAAGACACCAACAGCAAAUGAAUGGAAACAACAUGAUAAGUUAUAUGUCUACUCUUCUAAAGAUAUUGAGGGAAGAUCAAAAAUUGCAGGUUUUGAUAUUGAUGGCACUAUUAUAACAACAGCCUCAGGAAAAGUUUUUCCAACUCACAGUGGAGACUGGAAAUUACAUUACCCUGAAAUACCCAAGAAAAUUAAAGAGUUAUAUGCAAGUGGUUAUAAAAUAGUAUUAUUUACCAAUCAGAUGGGUGUUGCAAGAGGUAAAGUUAAGAUUGAAGAUCUAAAGGAGAAAUUUACUAAUAUAGUUGAACGACUCAAAGUUCCAAUACAGGUUCUAGUAGCUACAGGUGCUGGUAUGUAUAGGAAACCCUGUACUGGUAUGUGGGAUUUUCUAAAAACAGAGGGUAAUGAUGGAGUUGAAAUCAAAUUAAGAGAAAGUUUUUAUGUUGGAGAUGCAGCAGGUAGACCUGAUAAAUGGAAUCCAGGAAGAAAAAAAGAUUUUUCUUGUAGUGAUAGAUUGUUUGCUAUUAAUAUUGGGGUACUUUUUCACACACCAGAAGAAUUCUUUUUAAAUAAACCAAUAGCCAAGUUUUCACUGCCAUCCUUUGAUCCUAGAAAUCUAUCAGAAGAAGAUCCUCUUACAACUCCACCUGGUGGUAAAAUAACAUCGAAAUCACAAGAAGUGAUAGUUUUAACAGGUUUUCCAGCAUCAGGAAAAACAUUUUUUGCCAAGAAGUAUUUGGUACCAAAAGGAUAUGUUCAUGUCAAUAGAGAUACAUUAGGUACGUGGCAGAAAUGUGUCAGUUUAUGUAAGAAAUCUUUACAAGGUGGUAAAAGUGUAGUUGUGGACAACACUAAUCCUAAUAAAGAGUCCAGAGAAAGAUAUGUUAGCUGUGCUAGAGAUGCUGAUGUUCCUGUGCGAUGUUUUGUAUUAUCAACUACAAUAGAUCAGGCUAAACACAAUGAAAGGUUUCGAGAAGCUACAGAUAAAUCUCAUAAAGCUAUCAAUGAUUUAAUAAUGAACUCUUUUAAGUCCAAGUUGGUUUUCCCAGAUAAAGACGAAGGAUUCAGUGAAAUAUUGAAAGUGAAUUUUGUGCCAAAAUUUGAGAACCCUGAUCACUUUAGACUAUAUAGACAGUUUUUAAUGGACAAAUAAUCCAUUGAUCUCAUUUCUUCUGGCAUCUUUAAAAAUACAAAAUUGAAAUGGCCCAGUAUUGUUUAAAGCAAUCUAAUUAAGAAUUUUUAGUUUGUGUUUGAGUCUGGAAUUACAGACUAAAUUCCAUGGAAUGUUCUAGUGUACCAAGCUGUGCUCUUAUUUCUUUGUUGACAUCAUUCAUUGUUUUGUAAUAAUAAGGUGUUUGAAAACUACCCAAAAAAAUUGUAU